UGUAAAACAAUGCAUUGAACACAUGUAAAUCGCACUGGCUCGUUAUUUUAGUGCUGACGUCCAACUCUAUUUCUGAAUCCGAGUUUCCUUGGGAUAUCAAACGAAGGAUAAUCCGUUUCUUUCAUGAUAUAAUGAGAUGCAGUCCUGUGAUGCAUGCUGCUAUACGGUGUGAGUGUUGAACUUUAACGGGUACUUGCAGUACAGGCAUACAGUAGAAGAAACACAGGAUGGGUAAACCAGGACGGCCUAAACUCAAGCGUUCCUUCAGCACCGUCAAGCGUCAGUUCAACUUCCGCAAGUCCAUCAGGCCCUUCAUCAGUUCCACCUUCCUAGACUUCCAGGAUGAGCGAGGCCACCUCCAACGCUACGUCUUUCCUCAGCUCAACUCCGUCUGCCAUUCCAGGGGUACCUUCUUUGCUCCUGCGGACCUCCGCUGGGGCAUCAACAACGAGCAGUGCAGCUCUGGGAAUGUUAUAUCCCUGUGUCUGGAGUACAUCAAUCGCUGCAGUCCUUUCUUCAUCUGCCUCCUCGGCGAACGCUAUGGCACGCACCGGCCCGACGACGCACCGCUCCUUCCGUCAUCGCUGGAGAAACUACCUCGUAACAUGUCCUGGUUGGAUAGGAAUUAUCUCAUCGCUGCAAGCAAGGGACAUGAAUGGAUCAUGCAGGAGGCCUAUCAAUAUUGCAGCGUAACGGAGCUAGAGAUCAACCAGGCGGCAUUCUUGAAUGACAACACUUACUGCAGGUUCUAUGUCAGAGAUGUCAGGCAUAUCGAAGACAAGUUUCUGGAGUUACCAGAAAAAGAAAGGGAGGAAAAACUAAAGAUGUACAUGGCGGAGGAUGAGGAGACAGAAAUGAGAGUAACGGCUCUAAAACAGAAGCUCAUCAACAAGGGUCUGAAGAUCCAGUUCUUCCGUACUCCUGAAGAGCUUGGUCAGAAGGUGCUAGAUGACUGGAUGGAAAUCAUUAAUGAACUCUACCCUCCUCUAGAUGAUUUACUGGGGGGUGUCGACGGAGAGCAGUUCCGAGAGUGGGCAGCCCACGAGGCGUACGCAGAGACCCGACGCCGAGUGUUUGUGCUGACCCCUGAGAUACAGAAGCUUUUCACCAAGAUGACCGAUCACUGUGAGGAAUGGAUGGAUCCUACCACACCUAUAACAGCUCAGAAGGUCGAUGAAUGGGUCGUAGUCAAAGGAAAGAAGAAGAAAAUGGAAAAUCUGCCAGCAUCCAAGUCCAUUGUGACCCUGAUAGGGGAGAGAGGAUGCGGGAAGACAUCCUUGGUUGCCAAUUGGGUCAAGCAGUUCCAAGCAUCGCAUCCAGACGUCAAGGUCCUGGCCCACUACGUUGGCUCCAGCGCCCUGAGUACCGACAUCUGUAGCUUCCUCCGGAGAGUGACCUUUGAACUCAGAGGAGAGUUUGGAGGUGACAGUCCGGCCGAGAGUAAUGGUGAUUCUGAGGAGCUGUCUAACUUUCAUCGCAUCUGUGAGGCCUUUGUAGCAGCCAUUGCUAUGGGUCCUUGUGUUUUGGUCCUUGAUGCUGUGGAUGAGCUUGGCAGCACGAUGGGAAUGGGAAUCCAUCAGGUCAAAGAAAUGAAAUGGCUGCCUGCUGUCCUCCCACCCCAUUGCAAGAUCAUCAUUAGCAGUGUCCGCUCCGAUCUUACUUACAAGUCCCUGAUGAACAGACGUGACUGUGAGACUCUCUCCGUCCCUCUCUUCGAGAGCACCGCCGACAAGGGUGCAGUCAUCGAGCGCCAUCUUGCCAUGCAUUGCAAGUGCCUGGAUGCUAGCCACCGCCGUACGAUCGUCAACUGCAAGCUCAGCUCGCGACCUCUCUUUCUCACGGUGCUGGCCAACGAGCUGCGGGUAUGUGGGACGUUUGAAAACCUUCCAGAUCUACUGAAGCGAUAUGUCAAGGCUCCCUCGUUCAGGGACCUGUGGAAGUCCAUUAUAUCUCGAUGGACCAAGGAAUACGGGUGGAGUACAGAGGGAAGGCUCUCUGCUUCCAUGUCUAGUUUUGGACAGAUCGAUCCUUUCACUGGAUGGGUAGCAGAGACCCUUCGCCUCCUGGCCUGCUCUCGUCACGGACUCAGUGAGACCGACAUCCUCUCCCUCCUGAAGCACAUGGGAUACAAAGGUCAAUCAGGGGUCACCAGCUUUGACUUUGCCCUCUUCAGGUCAGCCGCCUUUGAUGCUCUGGUAGAGCGGCCUGGAGGACUCUUUGGGUUCUUCCACCAAGACCUGAGGGAUGCGGUCCUCAAUUCUCUGCUCGGUGUUAUCCCAGGACUGACCAAUGACCAGACCUCGUCAUCAGGGGUCGGUUUCCUGCCUCAGAUGUUGAAUGGUCAGAUGCAGCAGUGCCAUGAGCACCUAGCAGACUACUUCCUUCACCAACCCUCCUCCAGGAGAAGAGUGGAGGAACUCCCCUAUCAUCUAGACCGAUGCGGAGAUGUCAGUGGGCUCAACAAAGUCGUCACCAAUCCUGAUACAUUCCUGGCCAUGCAGGCUGGCACCUCGCAGAAUAUUGCCCUGAAGCUCGAUCUCCUCCGCUACUGCAACCGCCUCUCCAAGGAGAACUUCAGCAUCACCACCUCCCUCACGAAGAUGGUGUCCCAAGCCAUCGGCAAGGAGGACAACCCUAACCAGGUGAAGAGUGCCUCUAAGGUAUCCUUUGCCGAUGACGUGGGUGAGAUGGUGAUGAGAUCGGCUACCAGGAUGGACUGGGGGCUGCCCGGUUUCAAGAAGAAGCUGGUGAAAAAGAACGACAGCAUCGGUGUGGAGAGUGUCAAUUUUAGCAGCCAGCUCUCCAAUCAUGCUAUAGAUCUGACAGGAGGAGGAGGGAAGAGAGCCGGUCCUUCUAGCGUCUCCUUUGGGUCCAGAGACCAUCCUAGUACCUUCAGUGACUUUGAAAGCAUAGGAAGCAGGAACACUGUAGAGAAAUCUACGCUUGAUGGUGGGGGUGAGGAGGGGUAUAUCCCAGGGGCGGAUCUGACCAUGAGUCGAGCCACUAGGACUGACCUUGAUAGCAUCACUGGUGGGGACGAGGCUGGACCACCACCACCACCACCCCUUCCUCCUCUUUCACUAGGUGCACUCAGUGGCUUAGGUGAUGGCAGAGGUGGGAUCGACAGCAGGAUAAGUGACUUUGAAAGCAGUAGGAGUGGGUUGGAGAGCGGGAGAAGCGAGAUGAGCGUGGGUGGACAGUCUCGUCCGGACCAUCCGGUCGAGGAAGUGAUUGUCAAAGAAGAAUUCACAGCAUUAUCAUCAGCUUGCCCUGGAGAUGUGUCAUCUCGUGGAAGCAACUUCAGUGAUCAGAGGAGUCGGGGAGGAAGCAUAUUGGACGAAUCGGAGAAGGCAAUGAGUGAUGGAAGAGGAGAGAGCCGAGUGGGAAGCAGCAUCCCUGAUGCUUCUGAGCUGUCAAGGAGCCUAGCUAGCUUUGCUCCUGGAGAACAAGACAUGCUUGACGACUUGGUCAACUCUCUCGGAGAUGCUUUUGAAAUAUCAAGCGACAAAGAGGAGAGUCAAGUUGAGGAAAUGAUUGAUUUUGACAAAGAAGUAGAUGAGGAGAGCGAGAUGGAGGGAGAAGUGCUUGAUGAAAACAGGAUACGGUGUAAGAGUGCACUUCUUGCGAUGCAUGUCGGAAAGUUUCUAGCUGAGAAAUCUGCGUUUGAUCAAUCUGAAGAGAUGUUGAUGCUGGCUUAUGACAGGAUUAUAGAUAUGUUCCCACUGACGUACAAAGAACAGCUGCUGUUUGUUGAGGUACAGGAGAGCAUAGGAGAAAGACACCUCUUCCAGUUGCGUAAGGACGAAGCACAGCGCUUCUUUGGCAAGGCUCUUAACACGCUGGAGCAUAUCAUAGAAGAAGAGACUUAUGACAACAUCAAGCCACUCCUGGAAACGAAAGGACGGCUGUUGAACAGGAUCGGCAGUAUGGCUGUCCAUGAUAGGCGGAUAGAGGAAGCGGAAGAGAUCUUGAUGGAGGCCAGUCAAUGCAUGAGACAAGCAAACAGUGUGGCAGGCAUCGCAACAGCACAGUUAAACCUUGGAUUCCUCAAGAUAAAAGUGGAUGACUAUCAGUCUGCCGAGGCAUGCCUUCUGGAGGCUCUGCAGACCAGAGAGAGAUGGUAUGGCUCAGCGCACCCACUGGUAGCUGAAGUACUCAACGAGUUAGCUGGACUACUAUGCAAGUACGAUAAUGAGAUCUGCUAUGACAGAACGAAGGCAGAAGCAUAUUACAGGAGAGCUCUGAAGAUUCGUCAAGAGUCCCUGGGGAAGGAUCAUCUUCUUGUAGCAACCACUCUCUUUCAUUUAGGGAGACUACUCAGGAAUGAUGGGAGCUUCCAGAGCAAGAAGGAAGCCAUGGAGCUGAUGAGCAGAGCACUUGAUAUCCGCACCACCAAGUUUGGAGCUCACCACAAGCUCACCCAUGCCAUUCGCAACACUGUCAAGGGUCUGCGGAAGGAGCUGGAUAGAGGAGACUAUGACCGCGCUCCAGUCAAGCCUCCGGAUAAGAGAACAAGGGAUAAUCCCAGGAGCAACCUCAGCUGGAGGGAGCAAGAUCUGUUAAGUGCCGGAGGGAGGAGCGGUUCACCAAGCCGCAGGGGUUCCAGCUUCAGCGGGCGCAACAGCCCAAGAAGCAUCGACAGGAGUCCAUCCCCACGGCCAGGUAGUAGAUACGGGGGAAGCGUCAGGCAUGGGAGUGUGCAGUACAACACGGAAAACAAGGGAGGGAGAGGAGAUGGACGAGGUAUCCGGAGAGAUAGAGCUCAGAGCUGUCAACAUCUGAAAUACAAUGGAAGCUCUCGUACAGGUUCACCUCAAACUAGAUCCUCAACAAACAGGAAAGCUCAUUCGGCUGCAUCUGGAACUCAUCAGACAGACUACAGACCGUCGAGUUCAUCUUCAUCGUCAUCCUCCUCUUCCAACAAGGAACCUACCUUGAAAGCCAAGUACCUGUACAGUGGCCACCCUGAUACCAGAGAUGAUGGUGUGUCCUUUCAAGAGGGCCACACUGUCCUUGGGAGCAGUGAGAUGGGUGAUGAAACAGGUAGCAACAAUGGCAGCAGAGAGAAGAGCAAUCAAAGACAAGUGAAUGGACGCUCUUACUCGUCUGUUAGUAGCUCUACAUGGACCAGAGUGGGACCUAAGAAUUCGGCCAGUGAAAUGUCCAGCACCAGUCACAGACGCGACAUUCCAUCCGCGUACGACAGUAACAUCCAAGGACCAAACAGUCACAUUGUUUCACUUCUUGGAGAACCGUCGGGUCCUCGUUCAAACACGGUGGAGCCCCUGCAUGAUGCUGCGUGGUAUCACGGGAAGGGUAGGUAUCCCAAGGAUCAACAAGACUUCUAUCCGCCUCGAAGGCAACAGCAACGGCCAAACAGCCACAAACUACCACUGCUCAAUCCUACCAGCCAGAUAAGAAAAUAAUUAUUUUCAAAAUAAAUUGAAAAAUCAGGAUUUACAUGAAAAUAGUAAAGCAACUUGGUGCUUUGCAUUUGAUUUGUGAGAGAUUAAACAGAUGUGAUUAUAUCCUGCAGAGAUUGUACACAAUUUUGAACUUUGUCAUGCCAAUAUUAGGUAGGCAUGAAAUAUAGUAUUUAUUUUAUAAGCAAUUAUAUUGCUUCAUCUAGUAAACUAUUCCUAGGCACAGUAUUGUUUUAUCAAGACUGUAGCUGACCAUCAUAAUUGAAAGGAAAUAUAAAGAAAAGACUUUGCAGGGCCCUUACCCUUUCCAGCCUCGUUAUGAUUUGUCUUGCCCUAAUUAAUUUGAAAGCCAUUCCCUUUGAUGCUGGAAAGUUAAACCAAAGUGUCAUUCAUGCAUAGCAUUUAAACUUUGAAAUAGUAUUUUGGAAAGAAGAGAUGCUCCAUAAGGAAACAGACAGUAUGCAUUUGGUGUCGGAGAAAAACAAAACAAACGUUGGGUCUGUAUAACUCCCGCCAGAAUUCUUCAUAAAUUGUUAACAAUGUCAAGCAGCUGAAAAAAGUGUCUUUUGAUAUAAUUGAUAACGAGUUCUGUAUUGUAUUACAUAAAUUUAUGUCUCUGUUUUGCUUUGUGACCAACAGAAAGCAAUCAGUUCUCAGGAAUUUAUGUGAAAUUUAAGUUGUCCUCGUAAUCAAGGAAUUUUUAUAUCAGAAAUAUGGAUUUCUAUGAAAUAUCUUUGUUUUGUGAAAGAUAUUUUUUAUUGUAGAAUUGAAAUACUGGAUCAAAUAUAUGAAAUUCAGGUAUGAAUAUGUGAAUAUUUUAUACUCUAUAUGAUAUUUUAUAAGGAAUCAAGCUAUAUACACAUGUAUAAGUAAAGUAAAACUGCCAAAAUGCAAGAUUUCUAUGCACAUUUUUUUACAAUUUUUAUAAACACUGUAAAUUUGUUCACGUGA